UGUUCUUUUGUUUAAACAAAUCUGUGUUUUCAAGAAAUGCGACGCAUCCAGUCUUACGGGGCUACCGGACGCUCCCUUACCCUGGGAGAGUGAAGACUUCCUGCGACCUGUCCUACAGGAUGACCUCCUGCUGCAGACAGACCCUGAGGAGCUCUGUAGUGUUGGGGGGUCAGUCCUGUCUACGUGCCCGUCUUCUGGGGGAGAGUCCCAUAAUGCAGUGCUGCAGAGGGCACAGGCCGCUGAGGAGAGAGCUCGUCGCUCGGAGGAGGCGCUGGCCCGAGCCAUGGAUGACCUUCACAAACUCAAGCUGCUGGCUCAGGGUUUGGUGCUGAACGCAGGGACGGGCAAAUCCGGCAACCUGGGCACCGUGGCCGAGCUCCGAGAGGACGAAGACGAGGCCUACUUCAGCUCCUACGGGCAUCACAGCAUCCACGAGGAGAUGCUGAAGGACAAAGUGCGCACAGAGAGCUACCGCAACUUCAUGUACCGCAACCCUGAAGUGUUCAAAGACAAGGUGGUGCUCGACGUUGGCUGCGGAACGUGCAUAUUGUCCAUGUUUGCUGCCAAAUCUGGGGCCAAGAAGGUCAUAGCAGUGGACCAAUCAGAAAUCAUCUAUCAGGCCAUGGACAUAGUCCGCUUCCUUGGUGCUCUGAUGCAGCAUGUGGUGUGUCGGUCCUGUGUCGACAGUUCAGCUGCUAACACCAGCCAGCUCUCAGUGUUGAUAAUGGAUGGCUGCGUCCCACAUA